UCUGUGCAAUACUAAAAAGUAAAACCAAACAAACUAUGAGCAGAGUGCAUACCAGGUCAUAAAAUUAUAAUAAAAUAAAUAUUAAAAACACAGAACUCAAAAGUUAUUUGUCAUUCUUGUGUACUAAUCUCAAUGUUAUUUAAUAAAUUAAUUAGACCCGUUUUAUUGGUAAGGAUUGCAAAUACUUGGAGCUACACCAAAAUGGCUUGUACUGGAGAAACAUGUAACCUUACAAGAAAUAUGUCUUAUUUAAGUCAAGAAGAUGCUGCAGCUUUAGAUCAAGACUUAUUCAAUGAAUAUAAGUUUAGUGUAGAUCAACUUAUGGAAUUAGCUGGAUUAAGUGUUGCAACAGCAGUAGCCAAAGUUUAUCCAGUGACUUCUUGUAAUACGGCACUAAUUGUUUGUGGACCAGGCAAUAAUGGUGGUGAUGGGUUGGUAGCUGCUCGACACUUGACAUUAUUUGGCUAUUCUGUAGCAGUAUACUAUCCAAAAAGAACUCCUAAACCCUUAUAUGAUAAUUUGUUAUGGCAAUGUGAGAAGUUUGGGGUUAAUAUUGUAGAAAACCUGCCUCCAUCUAAUGAAUUAAAGAAUCAUUACAAACUGGUUGUAGAUGCAUUAUUUGGAUUUAGUUUUAAACCACCUGUGAGAGAUGCAUUAAAACCAGCUUUAGAUGCCUUAAUUUACUGUGGAUUACCCGUUUGUAGUGUGGAUAUCCCAAGUGGAUGGGAUGUAGAAACGGGUCCUGAUUCAGAUGCUGCAUUGAAGCCAACAUUAAUUAUUUCCCUAUCUGCCCCAAAGAAAUGUGCGAAGCCGGAAUUUAUCAAAGGUGCUAGACAUUUUUUAGGUGGCAGGUUCCUUCCUCCUGGUAUUAUACAAAAAUAUAACUUAAUUCUCCCUCUAUACUCUAAUCAAAAUCAAGUUGUUGAAUUAAGCUAACAUAUUAUGAAAUUAUCUGAAAAGUAAUCAUGAGCCAAUACAAGAUCAUAUUAAACUUUUUAAUACAAA